UGUUUGCAUGCCCCAUAAUACAGGGAUCCCAGAGUUUGUAGCUUCCAACAUAGGACAGGGACAGGGAGGGAGAACUGGAGAUAUCUGAAUGAUAAGACUUGAAUCUGUUUCACAGUGCAAACCUCAAAUUUCUUCUUCUCUUCCUCCACAAAAUUCCCAGAGGAAAAUGGCAGCGAGAAAUCACUCCACAGUGACUGAGUUCAUGCUUGGUGGGCUAACAGACAAACCAGAGCUCCAGCUGCCCCUCUUUCUUUUCUUCCUAGGAGCCUAUGUGGUCACAGUGGUGGGGAACCUGGGCAUGAUCACACUGAUUGGGCUCAGUUCUCAUCUGCACACCCCCAUGUACUAUUUCCUCAGCAGUUUGUCCUUCAUUGAUCUCUGUUGUUCCACUGUCAUUACCCCCAAAAUGCUUGUGAACUUUGAAAUAGGGAAAAACAUCAUCUCCUACCAUGAAUGCAUGAUGCAACUCUUUUUCUUUCUUGUUUUUGGUAUUGCUGAGUGUCACAUGUUGGCUAUGAUGGCAUAUGAUCGCUAUGUUGCCAUCUGUAACCCUUUGCUUUACAGUGUCACCAUGUCUUACCAAGUCUGCUCUUGGUUGGUAGUUGAGGUAUACAUAAUGGGUUUAGUUGGUGCCACAGCCCACACAGGUUGUAUGCUAAGAGUGGUUUUCUGCAAGGCUAAAAUAAUUAACCAUUACUUCUGUGAUGUUCUUCCACUACUGGAGCUCUCCUGCUCCAGCACUUAUAUCAAUAAACUGGUACUUUUGUGCUUCAGUGCAUUUAAUAUUUUUGCUCCGGUCUUGACCAUCCUUGGCUCGUAUGUCUCCAUCAUUGCCAGCAUCCUGCGAAUCCGCUCCACGGAGGGCAGGUCCAAAGCCUUCAGCACAUGCAGCUCCCACAUCUUGGCUGUUACAAUCUUCUAUGGUUCUCUAGCAUUCAUGUACCUACAGCCAUCAACUCUCAGUUCCAUGGACCAAGGCAAAGUGUCUUCUGUGUUUUACACCAUUAUUGUGCCAAUGCUGAACCCCCUGAUCUACAGCUUGAGGAACAGGGAUGUCAAAGUUGCCCUAAAUAAAAUCAUUGAGAAAAGAUUUUUUUGCUUUAACAAAGAUUUAUAG